CACACAAGUGAGCAAGUCGAAGAGAAGCCCCACAAGCCACGAGACAGACAGGACAGGACAGGGGAUGAGUGGACUUUUAAGGAUUCCUGUUCCAUGCUGGCUGAGAGACAAGCUGAGGACUACAGCACUUGUGACCGGACGGUAAAGGGGAUGGUUUACCUGCGAGGCUAUUUUAUCAGGUAGAAGGACGUGCCUCGAUAUAAUUUUUGGACGCUGAAGAAUAUCAAUUAUGUUUUAAUGCCUCGGGGGAUUACAAGCUGCCCUGGUUUGGUUUUCGGUGAUUCUUAAAGCUUUCGACUGCGGGAUCUUGACGAGGCGUAAUGUGAUAUUUCUGCAAGUAAAAUCGAUUAUUUGCUAAAGUUAUUUUGAAGUGCAGAAGUCCAGAUGUUUCCAGAAAUAACUUUCCAAGCUGGUACUUGACUUUUUUUUAUUUUUUUACGGAACUCCUCCUCCGCCUUCUUCAGCUCCUAGGGCACAUUCAGCUUUGCCCGCAUAGCUGCUCCACAGGCUUUUCUCCAAAUGAAACGUAAAAACCGCAGUGCCCAGCUUCUAGUUUACCACAAGCCCCGCGAGACUUCACCUCAACAGGACCCGAUGAAAGCUGGAGCGAGAUCGAUUGCCAAGGCCCGGGAAACUUGAGAGUAUCCCGAGGUGUUGACAUCCUGGGAGCCCCCACGUGCAGCCAUGGAGGUGAAAGUCUGGAAGUGGGCGCUUGGCGCUGCCCUCUGCAGGAUUUUGGCUGCGCAGACCUCACCGCGCCGCUAGAGAAGAUCGUACCUGCAGCAUCUCCGUGCCUGGCUUAUUUGACAGCUUUGCCACGUUCGUCCUCGUUGUGCUCGACAAUGUCUUCGGUUUCCUCCUGUCUCCGAGUUCCCUUUCAGACGGCCAAUCUGACCAACCCCAGCACUGGGCACAUGUGCAAUGACACCAUCCAGAAGUUAAAAGGGGACUCCCUUUACACCGCAGAGGCCACGGCGGCCAUCGCCACUAUAGUGACGUUUAUGAUCCUAUUCACGAUUUUCGGUAACGUCCUUGUGAUAAUAGCGGUGUUGACCAGCCGCUCCUUGAAGGCACCUCAGAACCUUUUUCUGGUCUCCUUGGCUGCUGCAGACAUCCUGGUUGCAACUCUUAUCAUCCCAUUUUCUCUAGCCAAUGAGCUUAUGGGCUACUGGUAUUUUAAAACAGUGUGGUGUGAAAUCUUUUUGGCCCUGGAUGUCCUUUUCUGCACUUCAUCUAUUGUACACCUUUGUGCCAUCAGCCUGGACCGCUACUGGUCAGUUUCUCAAGCCAUCGAAUACAACUCUAAGCGGACACCUCGCCGAAUUAAGGGCAUCAUUCUGACAGUGUGGCUGAUUUCUGCCACCAUCUCUUUUCCACCACUCAUCUCCAUGAACAAGAAAAAAAUGCAGCAGGGAGAUGGCCGACCUCAGUGUGAACUUAACAAUGAGAACUGGUACAUCUUGUCAUCGAGCAUUGGCUCCUUUUUUGUCCCCUGUGUCAUCAUGAUUUUGGUGUACAUCCGAAUUUAUCAAAUUGCUAAGCAGCGCACUAGACAACUCCCUGGUGAGAGAAGGGAGAUUUCUACAGAUGGUCAUGAUGCAGAAAAAAGUUACUCGGAGCCUAAAACUUCUUGCCACCAAAAUGGACAUCAUUCCAAGAAACCACACCCGGAGCAGAAGUUUUUGUGUAUCUCUGAGCAUGACACAGAAAACCAAAAUGGGCACCAGAACAACAAUUGUUUGCCCUCAUCCCAGCACCAGCAGCAGGCAUGUGAACAAAUUGCUCAAGGAUCCCUGUCUGCUCCUCGGCAGUCUCUUUGUAGCAUGUCUGCAAAUUACUGUGAUUGGGAAAGCUCUCCUGGAACUCAGAGUCCUGUUACAGGCCGGGAGGAAGGACUUUUACAGAUGCAAACGCAAGGCUCUCCUCCCCAGCAGGAUGGACCGGGGGAGAACAUUGAUAAUUCCACAUCAAGUUCUGAUCAGUGUGCUGACGAUGGCCAGAAAGUGGAAGGUAAAGCAGAUUGCAGUGCAAGCACUGGAUCACCGCCAUGCAAGAAUACUGUCCACAAAGACUUUCCACAGACAUCAGUCAGGUUUGGGGAAACCAUGACCACUUCAAAAGGGGAGACUUUUUUGGUGAAAAGAGCAAAAACGGUCACUCCCAAUACUCUUCGCCGUAAAGCCAUGCUUAACCGAGAGAAGAGGUUCACCUUUGUAUUGGCAGUGGUAAUCGGGGUCUUUGUUGUUUGCUGGUUCCCCUUCUUCUUCUCUUAUAGCCUGACGGCAAUCUGUCCCCAGAGCUGCAGGGUCCCAGACCCUGUCUUUAAAUUUUUCUUUUGGAUUGGCUACUGCAAUAGCUCACUGAAUCCUGUAAUUUACACAAUAUUUAACCAGGAUUUCAGGAGAGCCUUCAAGAAGAUCUUGUGUCAGACGACUAAAGGGACCUUUUUCUGAAAGACACGGGUAACAAUGCCUCACAGACUGAACUCCAAAAGUGCUGAUUUACCGAGUAUUACAAAAAGAUGGCAGCAGUCCACAGGGAGCAGAGAUUUGCAGCACAGCUGGUAUCUGACCCAGUGUAGAGGAACCUGAUGUUCCAAACAGCACAAUAUUUAAGUGGUUUGUUAAUCAAAGUGGGAAGCGUAAAAGUACAAUAACCUAUUGUUGGGAAUGAAAAAUUAAAAUGUGCAUUUUUGUUUUUUUCUGAAACCGGAUUGGCUGGCAUUCCAGUGCUGAUCUUUGUUGACUUGUUUCCACUGAGAUCUUCUUAUUUUUGUACUAUGAGCUGAAUGACAAUUAGGAUUGAAAGUUUAUUUUCAAAGGGAUGGUUUGUGUAAUGUAAGGCUCUUCUAGCUUAUAAUAUUUAAAGGAGCAAUCAUUCCAUAAAAUACAGGAACUAAUA